UCCUUCUUCUCCACUCUCCCCCACUUCACCUCUUCUCUCAGUCUCUCUGCUUUUUCUUCUCUUUCUCUCUCUCUCUCUGUGCUUUUUUCUUUUUCUCAUCUUUUUCUCCCGUGUCUUCCUCGUUUGAGUGACAUCCAAGAACCAAUACCUUCAUCAUCAUUACAUGUCCCUUUUAACUACCACUCUGCUUUUGCCUUUACUUUCUUUUUUUAUAUCUCUCAACCCAUUUGAAAUCAACAAAAAUUAGUUUCCGGGUUUUCUUUUUUGAUUCCUGAUUCCUGAUUCUGACUAUUUUUCCUCAUCUGGAUCAUCGAAUUUUUUCCCUUCUCUACUUUCUCGAAUUCAUCUCCAACUGUAGCAAUGGAGAAAGAGAAGGUGGUUGUCAGUGAAGGAGUUAAUCAAACAGCACAACCCAUCUGGAGUUCUUCCAGUUUUGGAAUGGAAAUUCAAAAUUGUGGAAUGGAGCAGCUACCCAAUUGUUUUUUCAACCCUAAUUGGGAGAAUUCAGUGGAUCAGAGCGAUCCCUUUGAGUCCGCCUUGAGUUCUCUGGUGUCAUCUCCGGUGACAUCCAAUGCCGCCGGCGACAUUCUGCCCCCCGUCGGCGGAGUUGGCGGCGGUCUAAUGAUUAACGAAUUAAUUGGAAGAAUAGGAAAUAUAGCCGGUUCCGGCGAGAAAUCUCAUCAGUCUUAUAUAAUUAACAGCAAUAGCCAUGGCGGCACUAACAAUUCUUGUUAUAAUAACCCAUUGAAUUCACCACCCAAGCGUAAUUCACCGAUGAUGGUUUCACAGAUCCGAGGAAAUUUACCGAUUCCUGGAAAUCUCUUCCCUGAUCACCCUAAUUUGACACAAUUUACCGCCGACCCGGGAUUUGCAGAGCGGGCGGCGAGACUGUCGUGCUUUCGUAGUGGCAUGAAUGGCGGAACUGGAUUGAAUGGCGACUCAGUCGGUUUGAGUCACGGGUCGGUUCAUAGAACUGAAUCGAGUAAGCUCUCAAAGGUUUCGAGCAAUCAAUCCAUUAAACUUGCUGGAUCACUAUUGAAUGGCCAAGAAAGCAACAAGAGCUCGACUCAGGAUCCUAAUUCUGAUGAGAAAUUCAGUAAGGUUUCGAGGUCUUUGGUGCCAAUCAAUGGCGAAUUUGUUGAUUCCAGGGAGAAUUCGUCAGUGUCUGAGCAGAUCCCAGUCGUGGAAUCGAGCUUCAAAGGCCCAAAUGAAGGUAGUUCGAGGAAGAGAAAGUCGAUUUCUAGAGGAAAAGCUGUAGAAACUCCUUCAGUAUCUCCAUCUGCUAAUGACGCCAAGGUUACAGCGGAGAACGACGAGUCCAGGGCGAAGAGAAGCAAAGAAGAUCAUUCCACCAUCUGUGAAAAUGAAAAAGUAAAACCAGAAUCAAACGGGAAUGAUGGAAAUUCGAAGCAGGGAAAAGAUAAUUCGAAGCCGCCGGAGCCUCCAAAGGAUUAUAUCCAUGUCAGAGCCAGAAGAGGUCAAGCUACUGACAGCCAUAGUCUUGCUGAACGAGUGAGGAGAGAAAAAAUUAGCGAAAGAAUGAAGUUUCUUCAAGAUCUUGUUCCGGGUUGCAAUAAGGUCACCGGAAAAGCAGUGAUGCUGGAUGAGAUUAUCAAUUAUGUGCAGUCAUUACAGCGGCAAGUUGAGUUUCUCUCCAUGAAAUUGGCUACUGUAAAUCCCAGGAUGGAUUUCAGUGUGGACACUCUUUUAUCCAAAGGGGUAUUGCAACCUAGAGGAUCUUUGUCUCAGAGUAUCUUUCCAGUUGAAUCUUCUUCAACCCCAGGAUUCCCUUUUGGGUAUCAACCUCGACAAGGGAUGCCUCUAUCUAACAGAGCAGAAACCCAGUUACCAAUCAACUCACUCAGUGCUUUACUGCGUGGAAACCCUAGUAUGCACUUGCCUUCCAUUGAUGGAAAUGGGGAAGUUGCUCCUCAGGCUUCAAUGCCUUGGGAAGAUGAUCUGCAAAGCCUGGUUCAGAUGGGUUUUGGACAAAACCAUGCACAGAUUGUUCAUGGAUCAAUGGCUGCAGGUCACAUGAAAGUUGAACUGUAAUUACACCAUUAAAUUCAAGAGGCCUCCAAGUCUAACACAGAGAGAGGGAGAGAGUUUAAAGAGGCUUUGUAUAUAAGGAAAAAUUAAUCAAGGGAAUAUUUCUCUUGUUAAUUUUAGACUCUUUUGUUAAUGCAACUCAUUCUUUGAAGAAUUCUUACAAGAAUUCAUCACUGUAAAAUCUUAGAACUAAUUGCAAUUGUUGAUGGUGCAAAAGAAUUUCUGCAGAAAGCACCAUUUGUAAUAUCCAGCAUUGGAUGAAAGUCUGGUUGGAGGGCUGAAACGAGAGAAAUUUGUAAUUUCCAUAUAUAUACAUACACACUUAUAUUUCAA